AUGCAAUUGAUUAAUAUUCUCCCACAGUUGUCGAUUGUUGAGCUCGAAGGCGUCUCCUAUUAUGUGAGAAAUCGUGUAGAGUACCUGCUGCCCGGGGCGAGAGCUGAGUUAAGCGGGUCUCUUGUGCCAGCAACGGUCAUUCGUGUGCCCAGCGAUGGAAUAUCCCUAGACGCAAUUCAAGACAGUUUCAAAAGAUUUCUCACAGAAGACGAUGUUUUCCAAGACGGUUUCACGCGACAUGGUUAUCUCAUCAUCAAGCCAGCUACGCCAGAAACCCCAACCCAGACAUUGCCAAAAGACGUGGAGGAAUACCUUGCACAACGUCUGUUAAAUCUAGUUUAUCUAAAAGGGUCGGACAAUCUUCCUCAAGGGCCUUACUUCGCUAUGAACGGGAGGCUCCACCAGUCAUGGAGGCUCUAUCCUGAUAACCUGGGGGCAUUCACCACUGCAGUGAUUCCUGAUGAUGACUCCACCCAAGAGCAAGGGUGUCCCACAACAUUUAAGCCAUUCCACACAGCGGCAUUUACCGGAUCUAAUUCUGUUGUUCCUGUUCCUUCUCGCCUUUAUUCCCAGAAGAACGCCGCACAACCCCUCGCCGGCAUGCGUAUCGCUAUCAAAGACAACAUGCACCUAAAUGGUGUGACUACCACGCUCGGUAGCCGCUCCUACGCAGAACUUUAUGGGAAACAACCUAAGUCGUCUCAAUACGUGGACAUUUUGAUCCAAAAAGGUGCAAUUAUCGUCGGUAAGACGAAGAUGUCAGCCUUUGCUGGAUCGGAAGUACCCCCCACGGAGUGUAUUGACUACUUCCCUCCUUGGAAUCCUCGAGGAGAUGGUUAUCAGGGGCCAUCAGGAAGCUCAAGCGGCGCAGCUGCGACAAUCGCAGGGUAUCCCUGGGUUGAUAUUUCUCUAUGCACAGAUACGACGGGAAGUAUGCGCCACCCAGCAUCCUGCCAUGGUGUCUGGGGCCACAGAGCUACUUGGAACUCCUUGCCCAUGAAAAACAUCGUCCCAUCUACCCCGUACGUUUACUCUGUCAAAUUUGUUGUGCCAUCUGAACAUCCAACGGAGAUAAUAUACCCGACAGAUUGGUAUCCAUGCAAUGAUGAGAACAUGCAACGAAUGACUGAGGAGUUUCUCGCGGCGUUGGAGAACUACCUUGGCGUGAAACACACUAAAAUUUCACUCAUUGAAUUGUGGACACAGACUGCUCCUGCAGGUCUGCAUGACCGGGCCUUGGUCGAUUUCCUUCGUGGUAUCGCUGGGAAAGUCAAUGUUUUUGAUGGAUAUCACUCUUUCGAUGAUUUCCGUCGUGAGUACUCAGAAAAGUUUGGCAAAGAGCCGUACUUGAGCCCAACACAAAAGGAACGAUGGGAGGACGGCGCCGCUGUGUCUAACGAAGACCGAGAAGAGUCUAUUGCGAAGAUAGACAUUUUCAAGGCAUGGGUUAUGGACCAUGUGUUGGAAGUCAAUGAUGGUAAUACUAUGAGGGUGAUGCUUGUGCCCCAAGGACGUCCCGGAGCGAACUACCGGGACGGCACCCCCGGCACGAAAGUUGACAAGCAACCCUACUCCCCAAUAUUUGCCAUCUCCAUGAUCGGUGGACCGCAGAUUGUCAUACCCAUUGGUCAAAACAAAUAUGAUUCUGUAAUUUCCGGCCAGAAAGAAUAUGCUCCAAUCAUGACCACCUUAGUAGGACCUAAAGACAGCGAUUUGACGCUUUUGUCUAUCGCCGAGGAAACUCUGAAAAUGGCAUCCUGGCAGUCUACCCUCCUCACCGGCAGGCACAUGCUGCGCGUCGGAGAGAACAGCCGUAAUGCGCAAGCAGCGGACGCGUCUAAGCUUUAA